AUGAGAAAUCUUCUUUUAUUGACGAUCACUUUUCUCUUAAUCACAUCGACUUUCGCAAAAAAAGAAAAGAAAGAAAAAGAAGAGAAGAAAGUGAAGGAGGAAGAGAAGAAAGAAGAGAAGAAAGAAGAGGCAAAGGAAGAGAAAAAGGAGAAAGAUCUCAGCAAUGGUUUCGCUGGCGAUAUCGACUGGGUUCAAUGGGAAAACGCUGUCGAGGUGGCGAAAGAGCAAAACAAACCGAUCUUCUUCCUCAUCCAUAAAACUUGGUGUGGAGCGUGCUCGUCGUUGAAACGCGAGUUCAAAUCCUCGCAAAACACGAAAGAUCUCGUCGAGUUGUCAAAGAAAUUCGUGAUGGUGAAUGUUGAAGAUGAUGGUGAACCAGAAGAUGACAAGUAUGCUCCUGAUGGAGGAUACAUUCCGAGGAUUCUCUUUCUCGACUCUAACGGCUCACCGUUAAGCACAAACAACGAAAAGCGCUACAAAAACAACAAAUACUUCUAUCCACUCGUCCCGCAAAUCAUUGACGCAAUGGCUCGAGCACAAAAAGAAUGGACUGAGGUUUCUGGAAAGAACACUGAAUCAUCAUCAGUGAAGAAGGAUGAGAAGAAGAAGGAAGAAAAGAAAGAAAAGAAAGAAAAAGAAGAGAAGAAAGAGAAGAAAGAAGUGAAAGAAGAGAAGAAAGAAAAGAAGGAAAAGGAAGAGAAAAAAGAAAAGAAAGAAAAGAAAGAAGAGAAGAAAAGUAAAGAUGAGAAGAAGGAUAAGAAGAAGGAUGAUAAGGAGAAGAAGGAAAAGAAAGAGGAUAAGAAAGAGGAGAAGAAGGGAAAGGAUUCGAAGAAGAAGAGUAAGAAAGACGAGUUG